GUCUGUGGCUCCUGGUCACGUCCUCCAUCCCCGGGAGGAUCCUCCCUCGAGGGCAGUUUCCCCAGCCUGCGGGAGACCAGAGGGAGAUUUUGUGGGAUUUUACUGGAGUUGUUCUGCCUCGACUUCCCCCCAGCUGCCUCGGCGCCGUGGGGCUGCAGGUCGGGGCUUUCCCUGCCGCGAGGCCUGUGGAGGAGCAGGCUUCGAGCUGACACCGAGGGCACUGUCCCCGGCGAGCCCCGCGAGAGGCACCGCGGUCGCUCGGCACGGCCUGACUCAUAGCCGCCAGCUUCCUCUUGGGGGGACGACAGUGAUUCCUCAGCCCAUCGGAGCCCCAGGGGCUGGGAAGUGGGGUUUGCCUGGGUACCGGCUCCCGCUCUCCCAGCCCCAUUCCCAACCGGGGUGCUGUGAGCGGAGAGCUGGGCCCCAGCGUGUCUGGGGCUGGCUACGGGCUUGGCACGCGAUGCUUGGGGCCAGCUCACGUAGCCCUUGAGCAAUUGCCCUGAUAAGCACUCGCUGCCUUUUCCUGGAAGAGAAACCAGCCUCCGUGGCCUGGCUAGUUCCCUAACGCAGCCUGGGUCUGAGAAAAGGAAACGGUGCUGGGCUUGGAGGGCGGGGGGGGCAAGGGAGACGUAAGCCCUGAGCGGAGGAAGGCGUUUGCUCUCCGGUUGCGGAGCCUUCGGCUGACUCAAACGCAACGCCCCGGCCGGCCGGACGCUGCCGCGGAGGUGCGGGGGGCCCGGCUCGGCCGCGGCGCGAGGAUGACCGCCCACCUUGUGCUCGUUUUGGUGCUGCUCCUCCAGGCCCAAGCAGCAGAGGCCCUGAUGGAGCCGGAGCUGUGCUACGUCCUGGACGCCAUCCUCUUCCUCUACGGCGUUGUCCUCACUGUCCUUUAUUGCCGCCUAAAGCUCCAGCUUCAGAGAGCAUCCAAAGACAGUGCCAGAGCAGCCAGGGAGCAAAAAGGAGAACCCAUCUACACCGGGCUCAGCAUGGAAAGCCAGGAGAUGUACGAAACCCUGGAGCCCAAAAGCUCCUAGGGGCUGCGGAGCAGCGCGGACCCCCGGCGUCACCGCGAGGGCUUCCCCGCGCCCCGGCCCUCCCCACCGCCCGCUGCGCCAGGCUCGGCUCGGCCUCGCCGGUUCCAGCGCAGAAGAGCUGCAGAUGUUCCUCCUCGACCCUCGCGCUUGGCCCUGACCCCUGAAGUCGCUGUCCCCGAAGGCCAAAGCCGACUCUGCUGCCCUCUCCGUCCUCUGCGCUCUCCUGGCUGGAUUCAUCUGGGGGAGGUCACAGCAGCGUGACCGCUCGUUCCCUUUGGGUUUUUCCUCCCCAAAUGGGCUGCUGAGCCCCCCAAAUCCACUUUUACAAAUUCUGCCGUAGAACACCUGGAAGCCCCCCGCAAUGGGGAAGAGGGAAACGGUCUCCAGGGAAAAGCGU